UUAAGCUACUGGGUUCAUACCCCAUUUAUAAAGGUUUUAAUCCUUUUCUUUUUAAUUUUUAAUAAUUCUUCAAAAAUUUUAUUUACUGCAAUAAUAAUUAUUGGAACUUUAAUUACAGUAACUGCAAAUUCUUGGUUAGGAGCUUGAAUAGGUUUAGAAAUUAAUUUACUAUCUUUUAUCCCCCUUAUAAGAGAUAGAAAUAAUUUAAAAUCUACUGAAGCUUCAUUAAAAUAUUUUUUAACCCAAGCUUUAGCUUCUACAGUUUUAUUGUUUUCUGUUAUUUUAUUAAUAUUAAAAAAUAACAUAAAUUACGAAAUUAGUAAUUCUUUUAUUUCUAUAAUUAUUACAUCAACUUUAUUGUUAAAAAGAGGGUCAGCUCCGUUUCAUUUUUGAUUUCCAAAUUUAAUAGACGGAUUAACGUGAAUAAAUGCUUUACUAUUAAUAACUUGACAAAAAAUUGCACCUUUAAUAUUAAUUUCUUAUUUAAAUACAAAAAAUAUUUUAUUAAUUAGAGUAAUUUUGUCAGUCAUUGUAGGGGCUAUUGGUGGUUUAAACCAAACAUCCCUACGAAAAUUAAUAGCUUAUUCUUCUAUUAACCAUUUAGGAUGAAUAUUAAGAGCAUUAAUAUUAAAUGAAUCUGUUUGAUUAAUUUAUUUUUUAUUUUAUUCUUUGCUAUCAUUUACAUUAAUUUUUAUAUUUAAUAUUUUUAAACUAUUUCAUUUAAAUCAGUUAUUUUCUUGGUAUUCCUGUAAUAAAAUUUUAAAAUUUGUUUUAUUCACAAAUUUUUUAUCUUUAGGAGGAUUACCCCCAUUUUUAGGAUUUUUGCCAAAAUGAAUUGUAAUUCAACAACUAACUUUUUGUAAUCAAUAUUUUCAAUUAUUAAUUUUAUUAGUAACAACAUUAAUUACACUAUUUUUUUAUCUACGAAUAUGUUACUCAGCAUUUAUACUAAAUUAUUACGAAAUCGUUUGAAUAAAUAAUUCACAAGUAAACAAUUUUACUUUAAAUUUAUUUAUAUUACUAUCAUUUUUUUCAAUUUUUGGUUUAAUUUUUAUUUCAAUAUUUUUUGCUAUAUUUUAAAUUAAGGCUUUAAGUUAAAUAAACUCAUAGCCUUCAAAGCUGUAAAUAUAGGUAUACCCUUUAAGCCUUAGUAAAUUUUACACCUUCAAAAUUGCAGUUUGAUAUCAUUAUUGACUAUAAGACCAUAAUAAUUUUGAUUAAGAAGAAUAACUCUUAUAAAUAGAUUUACAAUCUAUCGCCUAAACUUCAGCCACUUAA